AUGGGGAUGGAUCUGGACGGAUGGAUAAGCAAGGUGAAGAAGGGGGGUCACCUGGCUGAGUGGGACCUCAAGCAACUGUGCGACUAUGUGAAGGAGCUGCUGAUCGAGGAGAGCAACGUACAGCCGAUCUCGAGCCCGUGCACUGUGUCUGGGGACAUCCACGGGCAAUUUCACGACUUGCUAAACCUGUUCAAGACGGGCGGGGACAUCCCGCAGACGGAUUAUGUGUUCAUGGGGGACUUUGUAGACCGGGGAUACAACUCGCUGGAGACGUUUACUCUGCUGCUAUGCCUGAAGGCGCGGUACCCUUCCAACAUCACGCUGCUGCGCGGCAACCACGAGUCGCGGCAGAUCACGCAGGUGUACGGGUUUUACGACGAAUGCCAGCGCAAGUACGGGACAGCCAACGCAUGGAAGUACUGCUGCGAGGUGUUUGACUACCUGACGAUCGCGGCGCUGAUCGACGGGGCCGUGCUGUGCGUGCACGGCGGGCUGUCGCCGGACAUCCGGACGCUGGACCAGAUUCGCACGAUCGACCGACGGCAGGAGAUCCCGCCCGAGGGCGCGUUCUGCGACCUGAUGUGGUCGGACCCGGAGGACGUGGCGACGUGGGCCGUGUCCCCCCGCGGGGCCGGGUGGCUGUUUGGCGCGCGCGUGACCAGGGAGUUUAACCAGAUCAACGACUUGGACUUGAUCUGCCGCGCGCAUCAGCUCGUGCAGGAAGGGUACAAGUACAUGUUUGACGAGAAGAUCGUGACGGUGUGGUCGGCGCCGAAUUAUUGCUACCGGUGCGGAAACGUGGCCGCGAUCAUGAGCUUUGAUGAGCACCUGAACAAGGAGUUUAAGAUCUUCAAGGAGGAUGCGAGGGAGCACGCGGCGAUCCCGCCGCGCAACUCGGUACCCUAUUUUCUGUGAGCGUUGGUCGGUUGGUGGCGUUUUGUGGUUGCUUUAUUUUGUGUGUGAGCGGCCGUGUGUCGUGUGUGUGUGUCGUGCGUGUGUCUGUAUGUGUGUGUGUGUGUCUAUUUCAUGUAAGGAAGGAGGGUAGGGUGUAGACGAAUGCGUAGGUGCUUCGUGAUGCGGCGAUAAAAAGUCUAUAGUUGGG